GAAUGGCUAAGACAAAUGGACCAUGGUGCGGCGGAGGUACUCCCCACCGAACCCUCCGAGGAACACUUCUGUCUCUCUCUUCGCAACGGCCUCAUCCUCUGCAAUGUUCUGAACAAACUCAAUCCCGGCGCAAUUCCCAAGGUGGUAGAAAUUCCGAUCAUCGACACAGAAGGGGCGGCGCAAACUGCAAUUCAGUAUUUCGAAAAUACGAGGAAUUUCUUAGUUGCUGUUGGUCAAAUGAAGCUUCUUACCUUCGAGGUUUCUGAUCUUGAAAAGGGAGGUUCAUCUGGUAAAGUUGUAGACUGCAUUUUAUGUUUGAAAGGUUAUUAUGAGUGGAGGAAAUCAGGUGGGAUUGGAGUAUGGAAAUAUGGUGGGACUGUGAGGAUCACUUCUUUUCCAAAGGGAUCACCUUCUUCAUUAAUUGGCAGUGAAAGUGCAGAUGAAUCUCUGGAUGAAUCAGAGUCAUCACAGUUCGAAGAACUGCUCGAAUAUCUGCAUUUAUCGAGUGAAGUCUCUCUUGAGGAAUCAAAAGUUUCAACUGCAUUUACCUUCCUCUUUGACCGUCUUGGUAUCGGGCUUUUACAGACGUAUCUCACAGAGACUAAUGAACUUGAUGACUUCCCUUUGAAUUCAAUGGUUAUCGAUAUAGUACUCAGGAAGGCCGUUAAAGAUCUUUCAGCACUGCUUAUUUCUCAAGGAAGUCAGCUUGGUAUAUUCUUGAAGAACAUGUUGAAGGGCAACUGCAAACCGUUGUUAAAGCAUGAAUUCCUACAAGCCAUUUCUAUAUAUAUAGACCAAAGAUCUGGUUUAGCAUCAAAUGACUUAUCCCAGUUUUGCAUUUGUGGUGGCAAGGGUAAAGGCAUGCGGCACGGUAUUAGUUACUCUGCUGACCAAACAAACGUAUUAGAUCUUCAACAGAAACAACUAGAGGAGCUAAAAGCCAGCUUUCAUUUGACAAAACUAGAAGUCCAACAAGCUCAUUUAACUUGGGAACAAGAACUUAAGAGAAUCGUGCAUCACACUAAGGACCUUGAAGUAGCCUCUUCUUCAUACCACAAGGUUUUGGAAGAAAACCGGCAGCUUUACAAUCAAGUUCAAGACCUAAAAGGAGCAAUAAGAGUUUUCUGUCGAGUGAAACCCGUUCUGCAUGGCAAAUCUGAUGAACAAUCCACAGUUGAUUACGUAGGAGAAAACGGAAAUAUUAUGAUUGUUAAUCGUCAUAAGCAGGGAAAGGAUGCUAGGAAGAUGUUCACUUUCAACAAAGUGUUCGGAGGAAACACAACUCAGCAGCAAAUAUAUGUAGAUACCCAACCAUUGAUUAGAUCUGUGCUUGAUGGUUAUAAUGUUUGUAUCUUUGCAUAUGGCCAAACGGGCUCCGGGAAGACAUACACAAUGAGUGGCCCUGACAUGACUACAGAGGAUACAUGGGGUGUGAACUAUAGAGCCCUGAGAGAUUUGUUUCAAUUAUCGGAGGCAAGAAUGGACGUUAUAAAGUACGAGGUUGGAGUUCAAAUGAUUGAAAUAUACAACGAGCAAGUGAGAGAUCUCUUGGUAGUUGAUGGCUCCAAUAGAAGACUCGAUAUAAGAAACAAUUCCCAGCUGAAUGGUCUUAAUGUUCCUGAUGCAUCUUUGGUUUCUGUUAAGUGUACUCAAGAUGUUCUUGAUCUGAUGAGAAUUGGCCAGAGAAAUCGUGCAGUCGGUGCUACUGCUUUAAAUGAACGGAGUAGCCGUUCUCACAGUGUUCUUACCGUUCAUAUCCGAGGAAAAGAACUAGUUUCUGGAUCUACUUUAAAGGGUUGCCUUCAUCUAGUAGAUCUUGCCGGAAGUGAGAGGGUGGACAAAUCGGAGGCCAUUGGCGAGCGCCUCAAGGAAGCUCAGCAUAUUAACAGAUCUCUCUCUGCACUUGGAGAUGUCAUUUCUGCCCUUGCACAAAAGAGCACACACAUUCCUUACAGAAAUAGCAAGCUCACUCAAGUAUUGCAAGAUUCUUUAGGUGGGCAUGCUAAAACACUGAUGUUUGUGCAUAUAAAUCCCGAGACUAAUGCCAUUGGAGAGACGAUUAGCACCCUCAAAUUUGCGGAGAGGGUUGCCUCAAUUGAACUAGGAGCAGCUAGAUCUAAUAAAGAAACCGGUGAAAUUAGAGAGAUGAAAGAAGAGAUAUCCAACUUGAAGCUUUUGGUGGAGAAAAAAGAGGCUGAAUUAGAACAAUUGAGAAGUGGGAUGACACGAGGUGCAAUUUCACCCGUUCACAUGCCGAGACAUAAUCUUACAAACAAUUUGAGACCCGAAGCAAAUCAGCGCCAUGUUGAUGAUAACAAGCUUCCUGAGCAGGUUAGAAGCUGUUCAUCAGGUAAGCAAAGGAGGUCCCGAUUCCCCUCGAAGUUCACAGAAAAGGAUUAUGCCCCCAAAAUGCCCCUUCUUGCCGAAGAGGGAUCACCAUCUCCUCCUAUUAGGCGAUCGAUAUCCACAGAUAGAGGAGUCCACACAAGAGGUAGAACCAAGCCUGAUACACCUGAUAACCCUCCGAUCACAAAAUUGCAAUAUCCGAUACGAGCUUCUGUCAAUAGAUCUUUAGCCACCCUACCGAUUUUACCAUCAACUGAUAACAAAAGAGGGUACUUAAGUUCACAAGAUACCGUUUCCGAAUCAUUACAUAAUCUUCCAAAGGCUAACAACAAGAAAGCUAAUCAAGAGCAAGAAGAGGAGCAAUUUAAGCAAAUGCUUAAUGUUAGACAAGGUGGCAUCGGGAAACUUAAGCUUGAGCAUAAUCAAGUCAAGGCAAAAAGUCAACUUCCGGUUAAGAUCCACAAAUCUGAUCUUCUACGGACAGUGUUUUCCGAUGUGGAGGUUGGCGAAACCAUCGAAGAAGGUCAAAGAAGUGACCUUUUAGAGGCGGAAAAUGAGCAUGCAUCGACUAAGUCCCAUGUUCCAAUUGGGACGAAAAAGCUUCAACGCAGCUCAUCAAGAAGUUCUCACAAUUCGGAAGUCAGGGAACCUGGGCAGACCCUGCAACCCUUUAUGACUACUGGUAGAAAUGAAAAUAAACCCUCAAAUGGUGCAAAGAAUGGAAAUGAAGGCAGCAACGCAUCGAUUCCUAAAUUUAGAAGGAGCCGUUCUACGCCUAGAGGAAAAUUCAUGGUUCUACCUUGAUGAAAGCCCGAGGUUCUUCAUGGAAAUAACCGUUGUAUUCUUUAUGGUAGAGGACAGGUCUGUAUACAUCUCAUCUAUCAGACGCUGCUUUUAAGUGGGAUAUACUUAUUCUGUUCAGUUUUUACCUUCAUGAAAACCCGGUAUAGAGCUUCUUUUUUGUUUUCACCUCCCAUUUUUUCUUUGUUGUUUAUAGUUUUAUGUAUAGCAUAGUGCUUGAUUUUUUUGGACGACCAUCGUGUCCGUGGAUGCUACCACGAGGAGAUUCGGAGUGUGGGAAUCUCUCGAAUUGUUU